AUUUAAAUCCCAAUUUUUCUUGCACAAUAUUCAUACAAGACACCAUUAGAGGUGGCUUGUUCCAAGUGAAUUUCCUCACUAAACUCCACAGGAAGCCACUUCAAUAAUCAACCAUAAUAAUUCACUAGAACUCUUUAAAACCCAACUUUUUUCCUGCUCUUUUCUUCACUCAAACCAAAAAGAUCUCAACUUUAAAGCAAACAAAUGGAUCUUGAAGAUGAAGGGUGGGUGAACAUCAACAUACCAUAUGAUGGGCUUCUUGAAGUUCAUGAUGAUGUUUUUUCUAGAAAGUACGUGAGGAGUCCCAAGAAUCCUUUUAGAAUGGAUUACUUCAAUUCCUCACGAAAAUCCCAAGAAUUCGUCGACUCGUCUUCAGAAGAAGAAGAAUCAAGAUUACAAAAACAAUUGAUUCCUCUCCAAAUUCAAAUGAAAGAUCAUCAAGUUGUUGAUCAUCAUGAAGAGGAGGUGAAAGAAAUCACCAAACUUCCAAUUCUGAUCAACAACGAGCUCAAAGAAGCUCCAGAAGCGGAUCUUGAUCCGAUCUUCCAAGUUUUCUUUAAAAAAGAAAACGAAUUUGUCGAAAUGAAACUAGAUUCUCCAAGAUCAGGUUCUCGGAGAAUCAUGUUACCUUAUACUGAAACAGACGUGUUUCAGUAUGAGGAUGAAAGUGAUGAUCAUAUGUUCAAUGGAUCAUCACCAUCAAAAGUUGUGCUUGAUGAGGUUGAUAAGGUGACCAAGGAAGAAGGCAAUAUUUGGAAAUGGGGUUUGAAUGGGAUUGGUGCUUUUUUCUCUCUUGGUAUGGCUGCUGCCACCAUUUGCAUAAUCCUUUUUGGAAAUGGCCAAAGGCACAAACAACAAAAGUUCAGGAUCCAAAUCUACUCUGAUGACAAGAGGAUAAAGCAAGUGGUUCAUCAAGCAAAUGAGGCAAUGUCAGCAGUGAGAGGAGUCCCUUUGACCACAGCCCAUAUCACAUACGGGGGAUAUUAUGAAGGUCUUUAGUGUAAAAUUAGCAUCUAAUUAUUAAGAAAUCUUGAUAUUAUUUACUUUAUGAAUUAUUGUAUUUGAUUUUUAUUGCAACCUAAUAAUCGUUGUUUACGAAAAUGACAAGAAUAUUAACUAUACUUUGCAAGAAUGGCCAAUGAUGGGCAAAUGGAAAUGUAAAUGCAAAAUGUUAUUCUUGCAAAGUGUUGUGUUCUUUUUGUAUUUUCGAAAAAUGAUGAUUUGUUUGCGGUAAAAGUCGAAUAAAGGUUCAGAAAGUGUAUAUGUUUAUAGAACGUUCAGUUAUGUGAAUAAAAUGUAUAUAUUUGGCAUCUUUGGUAUAAAUGUUAUGAUUACUUGAUAGUGUAACACA